AUGGUCCUCGAUGCAUUCCGUCCGACGGCUGAUUCUUUUCGGACGAGGAUGGCUGAUGUCCAGGCUGAUAACCAUAACGGGAACGGCGGCUCGGGAUCUAAGUUGCCCCGGAACGUCUUAUGUCUACUCGAUAUCGACUCUAAUCUCACUGAUACCUUGAUAUGCUUUGAAAUGCCCCUCUUCUCGAUCCUUCACCUAUAUGCGUUCUCACAUAAAGACUUCGUAGAGCCCAAUGUAGCCUAUUGCGGACGAUUGCCAUUCAUCCAUGCGUUUCGAGAUAGCAUCUUAGGAUUCAAAGACGUACUAGAAGAUACAGUGAUGACGCUACGGGGUACUGGAUUCUCUUACAAAACCUUUGAGCCCGCCGAGGGUGCUCUUCACCAUCAUGGUAUAGUACGCGAGCGACGAGUCCGUGCUGGGCUGCGUUACAGUGCAGGCGGAAAGCAAAAGUAUUGGUUACCGAUGGCGGGAGAGAACGAGGGAUCCGCUUACGGUCGCAAGCCGACGAGUGAACAAGGUCCAGAAGCGCGGAAUACUCGGUGGACGAAGUUUAUGAACAAGAUCACGCCUGGGAAUGACCUCCUCGAUAGCAAAUCGGGAUACGCACCCCUUUUACCCGAACAAGCUGCCGAGGUGAUUCACCAAGAGGGCAUAUCUAAUACCGAGACGGAACGACGUCCGUUAAACGAUUACUUGAUGGGCAACGUUGGCCGCUGGGAUCUCGAGGGCUUCGGAUACGGUACCAAUGACAACGGCUCUGAUGACGGAUCUGACCUGGACGAUGUUGCCUUUGGCGAACCUCGAUCAGAAGAGGAGUUGCUUUAUCGUGAUGCCCGCAGAUUGACUUAUGGUGACUAUAACAAUCCAGUCGUCGAUGCGUCGGCGGAAGAGGCCAGUCGGCUCAUGCGGGCACGAGAAGAUGGAAUGCUGGCUGCCCACCCAGCUGCUCCCGCGAAUAAAAAAGGCAAAGCUCGAAUGAAAGGCACCAGUCUGCCAGCUGGCACAAGCAGGAGGACGAGUUUACUCCAUGAUGAUGAACUACAUGAGGAGCCACUCAGCCCAAGUAAAGGGCAUGAUAGGCGCCUUUCGAGUCUCCUCAGAUCACCGCCAUCUAAACGAACAAAUGCCAACUCGCAUUCAAAUUCCUUACCAGAAGGAUGUGUAGAUUUAUUUGUAGAAGACCGCGCAGCGAUGGAAGAGCGGACGCGAAGGAAUCGGCUGAAAGGCGAAGCCAAUCGGUUCACGGGCGUCUCGCCCGAGAGGGUCUUCAAGGUGCUCCAUCCAGAUUUGACGUCGAUCGAUGGACCGGCUAGUGUCUCGAUCGCUGGCUCCAACAAGAAACGGGGAUCGGAUGCUCAGCAGCAUUCCAGAGUGGACUUCUCGAUCGAUGUCGAUCGUCAAAUUCCAUCAUCAACAAACGACUCGGCCGCUCCCGAGGUCCAGAUGAUCGUCAACUUGCAAGACGAUUUGCAGGCCGUCCAGGUCGACCAGAGCUCCCCGCCUGCAAGCCCCAUCAGUCCGAAAUCUUUCCUCCAUGAUUACCAUCGUCAUCAUGCUGUUCCUGAUGAGGAAGACCACAAAACUCAUGCCAAGCCCAGGAAACUACCCAGUCUGAGUAGCAGUAUCCAGCGAAAUCCUUGGGGCCAUGAUUGA